GGUUUUCCUUCCAGUCUUCCAGCAGCGGUUCUCUAUGGCUUCCUCCAAUGUUAAUCGUUGGUUACGACCUGAGGUUUACCCUCUCUUCGCGGCCAUUGGGGUUGCUGUGGGAAUCUGUGGGUUUUCGUUGGUCCGUAACAUCUGCAUCAAUCCUGAAGUCAGGGUAAACAAACAGAAUAGAGCUGCUGGAGUGUUAGAGAACCAUGCAGAAGGGCAAAUGUAUGCGGAACAUGGUUUGAGGAAGUUUGUUCGCAACAAAUCCCCUCAGAUAAUGCCUGCAAUUAAUGACUUCUUUACCAGCCCAAAAUAAGUCCAACCAACUUUGUUAUGUAAUUCUUAAAGUCUUUCACUAUUCUCGUGGUAUUACUAUUGUUGUUGUUUCCAUUGUUUUGUGACACAAUGAGUGGAGCUUGUUUUGAGGUUCAACCUCGUCAAUGUGAAUGAAUGUGAAUGAACAGUAUAAUGAUUUGGUUUGA